AUGGUCGUCACACGAUCGGUGAAAGCGGGUAAGGAUGGUAACGAAGGUAAGACCAUUGCGGAGAGUGAGGCUGGGACGUCGACCGUGCCCUCAACCCCUCUUGUCGACCCGACAACCGCACCACAGGCGCCUUCACAAUCCCGUCCCGUAAGUAUGUCAUCUCGCUCUUCAUCCACGGUAGUGGCCAGGAGGUUAGCGGCUGAAGCGCAGCACGCGCGUCGCCUCGUCGAGCUAGAGACGCAACAAAUACGCCGCCGCCGUGAGCGUGAGGCUGCUGAAGCGGCCGAGCUAGAUGCACGCCGGCUGGCCGAUCUGGAACGAGUGACCGCCGACCUAGAGUUAAAAGCGGAAAUCGCCGCCAUCGACGCAGACGCGAGUCGUCAUAGCUCUAGAAGCAGCCAUAUUAAUAUAGACCAAUGGCUCAAUAAGUCUGAAGCUGCUUUUAACCAUGAAGAAACAUUAACGAACAAUGAUUUUUUCAGGGAUCUGGAAGCUAAAGCCCCUCGCGCGCAUGUCGCAUCCCCUGUGCGGACAGUGACUGUGCGCCGCGACUGUGGUGCCGCGAUAACGGCGGCUCCUAUCGAGCGCCGCGACUGUGGUGUCGCGAUGUCAGCGGUCAUUCCUGAACGCCGCGACUAUGGUGCUGCGAUGACUGCGGCCCAUCCCGAGCGGCCCGAGAGCGGAGAAGUUCCACAGUUGGUUAAGAGUCUGGGUGUUUUAGUUGACAGUGUAAAUAAAGGCAUCGGCCACGCAAUCAAUCGUGUUCCUUUACCCCGUUUCGAUGGCAGGUUGCAUUUAGAUUGGCUUAGCUUGAAAAAAGCCUUUGAAAACACACAAGGCUCCUACACAGCCGCGAAUAAUCUGUCAAGACUGAAUACCGCGCUAACGGGCGCGGCACGCGAGGCAGUCGCCGCGCUGCUUGUGUCUGCGCGCGACCCCGGCGUCGUGGUGCGCGCGCUCGACGCGCGCUUCGGCCGCCCCGAGAUGGUGGUGGCGCACGAAGUAGCUGCGGUGCGCGCAUUGCCGCGCGUGAGCGCUGAAGCUGCGCACUUUGAGGUGGAAGAUGAUGAGCCGGUAGCGGGAACUUCUGGCAGUGCACCGCGAGCUCCUGCUGACAACGCCGCAGCAUCUACUGUUGUGAGUGACUCCGCUUCAUACGAUGUCGAAUCAAAGGAGAUUCUGACCCACACAUCGACAUCGGUUGCCGCGGGAUCUCCAGCUCAGACGUUGCCUGCUCGCCCGCUAUUGAAGAUCGUAGCCGUAACCGUGUCCGGCCCGUUAGGUUCCGUGAAUACGUACGCCAUGUUAGACGACGGGGCCACAGACAUCGCGGAUGAGUUUUGUUAUGGAAACAUACAGCCAUCGAUUAUAGUCGGUCUCGAUAACUGGCACCUCACUAUUCCUAGGGCUGUACGCGAGGGCACUAGGACAGAACCAGUCGCGAUUAAUACCGCGUUAGGUUGGGUCCUAUUCGCCUUUGGUUGCAGUAAAACCGCUCCUGCCGAAACUGUCAACCACGCUAUAGUGAGCGAGCCCGCGGUCGCGGAUGUCAGCGAUCGCGCAGUUUUAGAGCAGUUGAUUCGCGAGCAAUAUAGUUUAGACUCAAUCGGCAUUUCGAAACACGAAGCGCGCAGCGUUGAUGAUGAUCGCGCUAUCCAAAUUCUCGAACGUACUGCGCGUCGCCUGCCUAACGGGCAUUUUGAAGUCGGUUUACUUUGGAAGUCGGACAAUUUAUCUGUGCCUGAUAGUCGCAAGCUUGCCUUAUCUAGGCUUCUUAGUCUCGAGAAAAAGAUGGCCCGUGAUUUUCAGUAUGCAGAGCGUUACCGUGAAAACAUACACGACAUGUUUCGGAAAGGUUAUGCUGAACUGUGCACCGAAGAGCCUAGCGCCAAGUCGCCCGUUUGGAUUUUGCCACAUUUCGGCGUAACCAAUCCAAACAAACCGAACAAAUUAAGAGUCGUGCACGAUGCUGCUGCUAAAAGUCACGGUGUUUCGCUAAAUUCACUUCUAUUAACCGGCCCAGAUUUGUUACAGCCCCUGCUCGGAAUCUUAUUGCGUUUUAGAGAGGGAAAAAUUGCCCUGACUGGUGAUAUUCGCGAGAUGUUUCCUCAAGUUAAGAUCCGAGCAGAGGAUCGCGACGCUCAGAGGUUUUUGUGGCGCGACUCGCCCAAAGACCCUAUCAUGACAUACCGUAUGUCGUCUAUGAUUUUCGGUGCCGCUUCCAGCCCUUUCACUGCCAUUUAUAUAAAAAACAAGAACGCAGUGGAAUGGCAGGAGCGCUUUCCAGACGCAGCUCAAGCCAUCAUAGCUGACCACUAUAUGGAUGACUGUAUAGUUAGCUUAAAUUGUGUUGACAAGGCCGCAAAACUUGCCGCCGAGAUCACCAACAUCCACAAGCAUGCUGGCUUCGAGAUGCGUUCUUGGACCUCAAACAUUCCCUCUGCGCUGCGUCUGCUGCCCAAAGAGAGCUUGGCUGAAAUCUCUGUAGCUAGAAAUAACGUAGAUGUUGACCUUGGACGCCUCACUGCCCCUGUACGCACACUGGGACUUAUUUGGCAACCCGUUUCAGAUAAGAUUGGGUUUAAUAUCGGAAUAAAGGGGGAACGUUUGUUGCCAAAUAGGCUCACUAAGCGCGAAGUGUUAGCUCACGUCAUGCGGGUUUUCGAUCCACUCGGUAUCCUGGCGCCAGUUGUGAUUACGGGUCGCAUCAUGUUCCAAAAUGCGUGGCGUAAGGGGAUCGAUUGGGACGAGGAGCUGUCGCAAAGUGACAGUGCAGCAUGGAGACUCUGGUUCGACGAUUUAAUUGCAAUUUCUGGUUUACAGAUUCCACGCUGCUACUUACUUAGCGAAUUAAAAAUUGAUAAGUGUGAGCUUCAUUUGUUUUGUGACGCGAGCGAGUCGGCUUUCGCUGCGGUUGCAUAUUGGCGGUUCGUCUUAGAAAAUGGUGAAGUGAAGCUGGCUCUUAUAUGCAGCAAAGUCCGCGUAGCUCCUUUAAAACAAAUCUCCAUAAAUCGCUUAGAGCUCCAAGGAGCGUUGAUCGCAGCCCGUCUCGCUUCUACGAUUUGCGAAACACACAGAUUCAAGCCUAUAAAUCGCGUAUUCUGGUGCGAUUCUAUGACCGUUUUGGGGUGGCUUCGAAGCGAGGCGCGCUUAUUUAAACCAUUUGUUUCUCACAGAGUAGCCGAGAUUAUGGAAAUAACCGACGUUAAAGAAUGGCGAUGGGUGCCAAGUCAACUCAACGUAGCCGAUGAUGCUACACGCAUCAAGCGAGUGUCGUUAUCUCCAGAAUCGCGCUGGAUUUCGGGUCCUGAAUUUUUGCUCUCUUCGGAGUGGCCCAGUGAGCCCAGUUCACCAGAAUAUCCAGGCAUGGAAGAAGAGAGCAAACGUGCAGCGCGUCCUGAUUUAGUUCAUCUCAUUAGUGACGUUGAAAGGCACGAGCCAGUCUCAGCCGAUCCUAAACGGUUCAGUUCUUGGGUGAGGCUGGUACGCGCAACAGCCAUAGCUCACAAGUAUUUGACGUUACUUAGAAUUCGUUGCCUAGCUAGAAAGGGGCUAGGUGUAAACAAUUUAGUCCGCUUAGAGGGGGGCUUGUGUAGUUUUGUGUUUCAGCCAUCCAACCAAUGGCAACAGUUCGCUGCCCCGCGCUCUGUGCGGGAAUCUGCCGCGGGCCUGACCGCCACAGAUCUUCGCCUAGCCGAACUCCACAUCCUGCGCCAGUCCCAGUUGAACACAUUUCCUGACGAGAUGGCCAGCCUACAUAGCCAUCCCGCACAGCUUAUGCCACGCACCAGCCGUUUAUCCAAGCUAUCGGUGACCAUCGGAGACGACGAACUUAUGCGUUUGUCUGGCCGUAUAAGGGCAGCGUCGCAAGUACGGGAUGAGAUGAAAAACCCCAUCGUGCUUGAUGGCAAAGAUCUAGCUGUGCGCCUGCUUGUCGAGCACCACCAUCGCAGGGCUGCCCACGGCAACACGGAGACCGUGGUGAACGAGCUGCGACAAGAUUACCACCUAUUGUCGCUAAGAAGUACCGUCCGCAAUAUCACCUAUAACUGCUUAUUUUGCCGAAUACGCCGGGCCAAGCAGUUUCAACCCGUGACGGGAGACUUACCGGAAGCACGCCUUGGACACCACAGACGGCCGUUUACAUUCACAGGGCUGGACUACUUCGGCCCAAUACAAGUUACCGUUGGCCGAAGACGAGAAAAAAGAUACGUCGCCCUGUACACCUGCCUCGUGGUACGCGCAGUCCACUUAGAAAUCGUAGACAGUCUCACAACCGAUUCUGCGAUUAUGAGCCUCCGCAGAUUCACCGCUCGAAGAGGUACCCCAUCCGAGCUGUGGUCGGACAAUGGAACUGCUUUCGUGGGUGCCAGCCGGGAGCUUCGACGCUUAUACGACGACGCUACGUCCCAGUUCGCUGCUGCGCAGAGAAUCAACUGGCGUUUCAUCCCACCGGCGGCGCCGUUUAUGGGUGGCUGCUGGGAGAGGCUUGUGAAGAGCGUGAAAACUGCACUCAAGGUGACUCUCACUGAGCGAGCUCCAACUGACGAAGUGCUACGUACGCUCUUGGCUGAGGCGGAGGCCUUGGUAAAUUCGCGGCCACUAACUCAUGUUUCCGUCGACCCUCAGAGUGAGGAAUCACUAACGCCCAUGCAUUUUCUGUUGGGUUCGUCUUCGGGACGCCCACUUCCAGUCACAUCAUCAGAAACGGACCUCCUAUCACGAACCAGCUGGCGUAAGGCUGUCGGAUUAUCAGAGCAUUUUUGGCGCCGCUGGUUAAAAGAAUAUCUCCCGACGUUAACACCCAGACGUGGUCGAGGUGAGGUUCCCCAAAUAGCAGUCGGAGACUUGGUGCUCAUUGCGGACGGUAAUUCUCCAAGGGGUUCCUGGCCCCGUGGACGCAUUACUGCUGUCUUCCCAGGCCCUGAUGGCAUCAUAAGAGUUGCGGAUGUGCACAGCCUUGGAGGUGUUUUGCGGCGGCCCCUGCGGAAGCUGAUCAAGCUCCCCCUUUAA